CAUUUGGCGUCUGUUUCAGUUUGUUGUUAGGAGCGCACAGUCGGAGUCACUCGCACAUUAGGUGCAGGAGGUGCGGGAAGUUGUUAUUUGCGUUUUAAAUUCAUAUCGGUUUUAGGUAAUCGAUAUUUAAACGCUUUUGAUCCAUUUUGAGGGCUGUUAUUGUAGAGAAUGGGUCCGAAACAGAGCAGCCCGUCGGCAGGUGUUCGGGUCAGGUCUUUCUCUGGAUCGGAUGUGUUGCGCACGGAUGGUCCAGCCGCGGUUUUGCGCUAUUAUUCGGGCGGCUCGACGGGUCAGAUCGGUGAACGGGUCCAGUAUUCAUCACAAUUAAGUCCGGCUUCAUUCAUCCAGAGCGCCUUCAUCUCCACGGGCGGCCGAAGAGACGAGACUGACGGCCAGAGGACACUCUUGAUCGGCUCCUUACCUGCACAGCUCACCCCUCACCUACUGGGCGUUGGAUUUGACUGUCCUGUCUGCUCAAAGUUUGUCUGUUCUGAUGAAAUAGAUGUUCAUUUGCUCAUGUGCUUCUCCAAACCCAGACUACAUUAUAACGAUGAUGUUUUGUCCCGGGACUCUGGCGAGUGCUCCAUAUGUCUGGAUGAUAUGCUUGAAGGAGACAACAUCGCUCGACUGCCCUGUCUCUGCGUUUACCACAAAGGGUGUAUUGAUCAAUGGUUUGAGGUCAACAGGUCGUGUCCAGAACAUCCCACUGAUUAACAUCCACACGGGUUAGAUGCUAAGGAUAAUUCCAGUCAGGAAGAUCAGCUGAUAAUCAGAGACUCAUGGAGUUGAAACCGGCCGUGCUGAAUCCGAAUGAAAGCACAAAUAUACUUUGCACAUUCCUGUUAUCAGACCUGAAGGCUGAUUAACAGUAACCCAGCUGCUGUAUUUACCUAUUAAGCUGGUAAAUAUGGUGGUCAAUGGAUAAUUACGUCUUGUACAGUAACAUAGGCAGUGGUUUCAUAAUCAGUAACCACAGAAUGUAAGAUGACUUCUGUAUAUUAGAUUUUUGAAAUUACAUAUAAAUGUGAUGUGCCUUUUGAAUAGAUAUAUGGGCUAUUACCUGUUGUGUAUAUAAAACUAAUGAUAAACGUGUCUGUGUGUGUGUAUAUAAAAUAAAAUUACAUGCUGCUAUGUAAAUAAAAGUAAUGACAGUCUGUAGACCUAAAAGACAAUAAACAUUGGAACUUUUUUUCCCAGUAAA